AUGGAUCUCUCCAAUCUUGUGACCUGGGCACACACUCAUGGGACCAUAUGCAACCAAAUCCCAGCCUUGGAAAUUGUGCAGAACACGGGUCAUCCUAGCAAGGACAAUUCUGUUCUGUGGAUAUGUGGAGUUGGACAUGCGUAUCACUGGCAGUGUGGAAAAUUAUACAUCAGAAGCAGAGAAGAGAAUGAAGCUGUAGAAAAGAGAAAGAGGUCAGUAUCUUCUGAGGCUUCAUCAAGGGAAGCCAAUUUAGAUGAAAAGAGGUUCAGGAUGACCCCAUCUUUUGAGAGGGCUAAAGCAGGCGCUGUUAGCACAGGGUCACAUAGCAGAUCUCCAGGGGUCACUCAGCAGAAAGAUAACACAGUCUACAUGAUGCAUAAUGAGCCAUCUCCCAUAGAGAAUCGAAAAAAUAGCAGAUCCAUGAAAUCAUGCUUUGCAGCUGAGCAGCAUUUGUCAAUAUCUGCUGGUGAAGUCAAGACUGACAUACAUCAGGUGAAACUAGAAAGCAACGAAGAUCUGCAAAUCAUCUCUGAUGAAGAACCGUGUAUAUCAGAUGAAGACAACCAAGGAGACAGAAUCAACCAGAAUAUUCUGUCAGAAUCACCAAUUAAAGGUGUAACUGCUGAGGUAGAUUUGCAAAUGCAUCACAGUCAGCAGAUGGCAUCUAAGAAGCCAACAGUCACCCAAACAUCCAGCUUUGCCCCCACAGGAAAGCCACCCCUAACUCUUGCCUGCAUUCUAAAAUCCCCCGUCAGCAAUCAAGAGAGCCUGGACAGCAGCUUUUUGAGGUUAGGUCCUCUUAAUCCGGCAGGGGCCGUAACUGAAACUUCUCAAGCAAGAAAUUCCUUUGGGUCAGUGAUACCAAAAGAACAGUUAAAAUCUCAGCAACUCCAGCUGAGCCCUCCUCAGCAUGGCACACCAGGAAUAGGCUUAAGUGGGAACAUUACUGAAAACCCUGUUGAUGAGAGUGAACCAUCAGGACCUGGGCACGCACCUCAUCUUUCAGCCCUGCCGAGUCCAGAGAGCAAGAAUGCAGACCAUCCACCUGCAUCUUCAAACAAAAAUAUGUUGAAGAAGAGGGAGAAUAAGAGAAACCGUAACAUUGGCGAUAUAAAAGUUUUCAAAGACUGGCUGGUUUUACAUUGCCCUUCUGAAACGCGCGAGAUCUAUAAGCUGCCGCCUGAAGACCUCGAUAAUUACCUGACCUCAUUCUACAGUUCUGCAAAGAGACAGAAUGGCACAGAUUUUUCCGCCAGUUCUUUGCACAUCUUUCAGACCAGCAUAGAGAGAUACCUCAAGGAUCACAACUACGAGUACAGCGUGGUUAAAGGGUUGGAAUUCAGAGUGUCUCAGGAAGCCUUGAAACUAAAGCAUCAGCAUCUAUCUCAAAAAGAGAGGGAGGAAGAGUGGAGUAUUUUGGAGAACCUGACGGAAGAAGAUGUGGAAAGUCUUCGUAAGAAGGGACUUUUAAGUAAGAUGCACCCUCAGGGCUUUUUGCACCUCAUGUUCACAAAUAUCAUUAGGGGGUUUGGGGCAAGUACACACAGUCGGAGCCAUACCCUGUACUGGGGACAGCUUGUGCUAAAAAAGAAUGAGGGAGAGCGGGAGUACUUGGAGUGGAAGGAAGAUCUGAGUGCAGAGGUAAACAUAGGGGAAUCGGGCCCACGGCUCUUUGCCAAGCCUGACAAUCCAGAGAACUGUCCAGUUGCAGAUUAUAAGGAGUUCGCUAAGAGGAGGCCACUGGAUAUGCUUCAUGACUAUGAUCCACUUUAUCUAGCUCCCAAACCUCUGUGCUCCAUAUGGGACCAAAUAUGGUACUGUAGGAAGUCACUGACAAAAGCCAAAAUGGAAAAGAUCUUGAAAGUUCUUAUCCAGCAAGUCAAAGGACCUGUAAAGAAGUCCAAGAAAUAA